CCCGGGGCGCAGCAUCCUGGCGGGGGCCCGGGCCGCCGCCGCCACUGCCGUCGGGGAAGGUCCCAGCGCGGUCAUGGCCUCGCGCGGCGCCCGUCGGGGUCCGAGUCCCCCACGUCCCGUGCAGUAGCCCCUCGGAGAGGCGGCCCCCACUGUGCCGACGGCGCAGACGUCCGGGCGGGCGGCAUGGAGGAGGCGCACCUGCUCCCGGCCGCCGACGUGCUGCGCCGCUUCUCGGUGACAGCCGAGGGCGGCCUGAGCGCGGAGCAGGUGACUGGCGCGCGGGAGCGCUACGGCCCUAACGAACUCCCGACCGAGGAAGGGAAGUCCCUGUGGGAGCUCGUGCUGGAACAGUUCGAGGACCUCCUGGUUCGAAUCCUGCUGCUGGCUGCCCUGGUCUCUUUCGUCCUGGCCUGGUUUGAGGAGGGCGAGGAGACCACGACAGCCUUCGUGGAGCCUCUGGUCAUCAUGCUGAUCCUUGUGGCCAAUGCGAUCGUGGGCGUGUGGCAGGAACGCAACGCGGAGAGUGCCAUCGAGGCCCUCAAGGAGUAUGAGCCUGAGAUGGGCAAGGUGAUCCGCGCGGACCGAAAGGGUGUGCAACGCAUCCUUGCUCGGGACAUCGUCCCUGGAGACAUCGUGGAAGUGGCAGUGGGAGACAAAGUGCCCGCCGACCUCCGUCUCAUUGACAUCAAGUCCACCACGCUGAGAGUGGACCAGUCCAUCCUGACCGGUGAAUCUGUGUCUGUGACCAAGCACACAGAUGCCAUCCCGGACCCCAGAGCUGUCAACCAGGACAAGAAGAACAUGCUGUUUUCUGGCACCAAUAUUGCAUCAGGCAAGGCAGUGGGUGUGGCAGUGGCCACGGGCCUGCACACCGAGCUGGGUAAGAUCCGCAGUCAGAUGGCCGCCGUGGAGCCAGAGCGGACGCCCUUGCAGCAGAAGCUGGACGAGUUUGGGCAGCAGCUGUCUCGCGCCAUCUCCGUGAUCUGCAUGGCCGUGUGGGUCAUUAACAUCGGUCACUUUGCCGAUCCUGCCCACGGCGGCUCCUGGCUUCGAGGUGCUGUCUACUACUUCAAGAUCGCUGUGGCCCUGGCUGUGGCUGCCAUCCCCGAGGGCCUCCCGGCUGUCAUCACUACUUGCCUAGCACUGGGCACGCGGCGGAUGGCCCGCAAGAACGCCAUUGUGCGGAGCCUGCCCUCUGUGGAGACCCUGGGCUGCACCUCGGUCAUCUGCUCAGACAAGACGGGCACGCUCACCACCAAUCAGAUGUCGGUCUGCCGGAUGUUCGUGGUAGCUGAGGCCGGAACGGGUACCUGCCGUUUGCACGAGUUCACCAUCUCGGGCACCACGUAUGCCCCGGAGGGCGAAGUGCGUCAGGGAGAGCGGCGAGUACACUGCGGGCAGUUUGAUGGGCUGGUGGAGCUGGCGACCAUCUGUGCACUGUGCAAUGAUUCAGCACUGGACUACAACGAGACCAAGGGUGUGUAUGAGAAGGUGGGAGAGGCCACGGAGACGGCCCUGACGUGCCUGGUGGAGAAGAUGAAUGUUUUUGACACAGACCUGCAGGCUCUCUCCCGGGUGGAACGAGCUGGUGCCUGCAACGCGGUCAUCAAGCAGCUGAUGCAGAAGGAAUUCACCCUGGAGUUCUCCCGAGACCGGAAGUCCAUGUCAGUGUAUUGCACGCCCGCCCGCCCUGGCCUGCUGGCCCAGGGCAGCAAAAUGUUUGUGAAGGGGGCUCCUGAGAGUGUGAUUGAGCGCUGCAGCUCAGUCCGUGUGGGGAGCCGCACAGUACCCCUGGACACCACCUCCAGGGAGCAGAUCCUGGCCAAGGUCAAGGAUUGGGGCUCAGGUUUGGACACGCUGCGCUGCUUGGCACUGGCCACCCGAGACAUGCCCCCAAGGAAGGAGGACAUGCAACUGGAUGACUGCAGCAAGUUUGUGCAGUACGAGACGGACCUGACCUUCGUGGGCUGCGUGGGCAUGCUGGACCCUCCGAGGCCCGAGGUGGCUGCCUGCAUCGCACGCUGCCACCAGGCAGGCAUCCGUGUGGUCAUGAUCACAGGGGACAACAAAGGCACGGCCGUGGCCAUCUGCCGCCGGCUUGGCAUCUUCGAGGACACGGAGGACGUGGCGGGCAAGGCGUACACAGGCCGUGAAUUCGAUGACCUCAGCCCCGAGCAGCAGCGCCAUGCCUGCCGCACGGCCCGCUGCUUCGCCCGGGUGGAGCCCGCCCACAAGUCCCGCAUUGUGGAGAACCUGCAGUCCUUUAAUGAGAUCACUGCCAUGACAGGAGACGGAGUGAAUGAUGCCCCAGCCCUGAAGAAAGCAGAGAUUGGCAUCGCCAUGGGCUCUGGCACGGCCGUGGCCAAGUCAGCGGCAGAGAUGGUACUCUCAGAUGACAACUUUGCCUCCAUCGUGGCCGCGGUAGAGGAGGGCCGGGCCAUCUAUAGCAACAUGAAGCAAUUCAUCCGCUACCUCAUCUCCUCCAACGUUGGCGAGGUUGUCUGCAUCUUCCUCACAGCGAUUCUGGGCCUGCCCGAAGCCCUAAUCCCUGUGCAGCUGCUCUGGGUGAACCUGGUCACAGAUGGCCUACCUGCCACAGCCCUGGGCUUCAACCCCCCAGACCUGGACAUUAUGGAGAAACGACCCCGAAACCCUCGAGAGGCCCUCAUCAGUGGCUGGCUCUUCUUCCGAUAUCUGGCUAUUGGAGUGUACGUCGGCCUGGCCACAGUGGCUGCUGCCACCUGGUGGUUCCUAUAUGAUGCCGAGGGACCGCAGGUCACCUUCUACCAGCUGGUAAUAGACCCUGCCUCGUAGGGCUAUCCAGACGAUUACCCGAGUCAGUACAUAUAAAGUGCCUAAACCAACACUUGGCAUGUGGUAAGAGCUAUGUAAAUGUUAAUGAAACCCAGAGGGAGGCUCACAGGUGAAGGAGAAUGGGAAAUAGCCAGGGAGGCCAAGGGAAGGAGUAGGGAGAACAGUAGCUUCACCCAAAGAAACAGGCCUGCCACCCCCAGGGGAGGGGUGCUCACGAUGAAACUGCGAGGCAGAAGUUCCAGCCCCUGAGCACCUUCUGAUGAACAGUGCAGGAGGCCACACUGCGGCCCAGGACCCAGGCACAGUGCAGGUGCUCACUGCUGAGACCCAGAAGGUCGGAACUGGGCAGGGUGUUUUUGUAUGCUGUGAUGGGACUUUGUUGGUGUGCGUGGGCUUUCUCUAGUUGUGGUGAGCAGGGGUUACUCUUCAUUGUAAUGCAUGGGCUUCUCAUUGUCUUGGCUUCUCUUUUUGCAGAGCACAGGCUCUAGGGCACGUGGAAUUCGGUUGUUCAGGAUUUAGUUGCUCUGUGGCAAUUGGAAUCUUCCAGGGAUCGAACCUGUGUCCCCUGCAUUGGCAGGCGGAUUCUUACCCACUGUGCUAGCAGGGAAGUCCCGGGAUGUUAAUCUAUUGAAACACCUCCAUGUGAUCCUGUUCUCAUUGUCUUCCCUGUACGCGGGCAUAGGGAUGCAGGCACACCUGUGCCCAGAUGGGAGGUGUGUGCAUGGCAUCUGCGUGUGCACGUUUGAGGAAGGUCCUUACCGUUAAGAUCUGAAGGUGAGGCCUGACAGUGGUGACAGAACCCGAAAAAACAUUUGUCCUCUUGGUCAGUUGGGCAGUUUCAAAGUUUAGGACAUUUUCUCUGCCCUGUGAUCAGCGCCAAAUAAAACUGUGCACUUGUCCCAAAUACUGGAGCUCGGUUUUUUUGGAGAAAUUCCCUCCUCUGUUGAUUUAAAUGAGACUCUCCAUCUCUUUGUCAAGAGAGAAGUCUAGCCAAGCCAUGGUCUUUUAUCAUUUUGCAUCGUGCACGAGAGAGGAAAGAACCAGCAGUCCCUUCAGGCUGACGGAGUCGCUCUACCCGCAUUUAUGCCGUGUGGGGAAUGAGGGAUGGAUUUCCUGGGCAGGAGGUCAGGCCGCCGAUCAUAUUACAGAUUUCUCAUUGAGGCUUAUUUUCGCAGCACGUGGCCCUCAUUUCUAAACUUUAAUCUUAAAAGGAUCACUGUUUCAGAGGAGAUUCCAGGGGCCAGAUGUUGGAGAACAGAGCUGUGUAAUGGUUGUGAAUGUUCACGCGAAUCCCCGUGGUGCGGAAGAGAACGAGACGGAAGUUCUCACUAGUGGCCUCAGUUCAGCAUCUUGUUACAGCAGCUUCUGAGAGCAAGGUUCAGGGGGCAGGAAGAAAACUCCCCUGGGGCCACAGGGGCAAGUGCCACCUCCCUUAUUGAGUCCUGAGAGCUCCUUGUUCAUUGUGGAGAAGCUGUGUAGCAAGCCAUCACCUGACCACGCAUGUGUUAGGCCUUGUCGUGAGCGAAGGGCAGGUCUGGUAGAGCUCGAUUUCAGAGGCAGAAAUGAAGAGGUGUGAAUGGAACCUUAUUUAAUAAUCAUGACUAGGGCCCCAGUAGCCUCAUCUUCUGGGCUUCCGAGGUGGUACUCGUGGUCAAGAACCUGCCUGCCAGCACAGGAGACCUGAGACUUGCAUUUGAUCCCUGGGUCAGAAAGAUCCCCGGGAGGAGGGCAUGGCAACCCACUCCAGUAUCCUUGCCUGAAGAAUCCGAUGGACAGAGGAGCCUGGCUCCUACAGCCCAUAGGGUCGCGUUGCAAAGAGUUGGACAUGACUGAAUCGACUUAGCACGCAUGCUCACAGCCUCGUCUUCUACCAGCUAAAGGUGAAUUCUAUUCAAGUAUAAUUUUGCUGAUUGAUUUUCAUAUGCAUUUACUUACUUGGCGUUAAUCGCUCAGUCGUGUCCGACUCUUGGCGACCCCAUGGACUGUAGCCCGCCAGGCUCCUCUGUCCAUGGGAUUUUCCAGGCAAGAAUACUGGAGUAGGUUGUCAUUUCCUUCUCCAGGGGAUCUUCCCAACCCAGGAAUCAAACCCGGGUCUCCUGUAUUGCAGGCACAUUCUUUACUCUCUGAGCCACCGGGAAAGCCCAACUCAUUUGGUGGCUUCAUUUAAUCACUGCCUCCCCCAACCCCUGCACCUCUGAUACUUAGGCCCUCACCCCCUGAUUCCAGGGGCCCCUGCCGUCCUCCCCAGCCUCAUACCAGCUGCUCUCCCUUUUCUCAGCACAACCCCACCGCAGUACAUCUUGCCCUACCCGCUGGCACAGUGCAGCCCCUCUGUCCCAUCCUGGGUGAGCGAGCACCCCUCCCUGGGCGAGCACCCCUCCCUCUCCACAGCAGCACGGGCUGUACUGUCCUCAGAUGU